ACUCGGACGUAGAGAUCGCGAGUGAGGAACGAGAGAGCGUACGCUUCCAUUUUCUCGAGCAUCCCGGGCAGGUCGGAGAGCACGUGUCGCGUGUAGCCGGUGUCCCCGCGCCCGCCGACAACGUUGAUUUGCUCGCUGUGAGAGGAAAGAUUUCACGUGGAGCAACGUACUAGUCGCAGUGAGACCCGCUCGCCUACGCGCGUCCGUCCCCCGUCCGUGCGCGGCAGAGGUUAAAAAAGCAUGAAUCCCGAGAAGCUGAAGAAGCUCCAGGCCCAAGUGCGAAUCGGCGGCAAGGGUACACCCCGACGCAAGAAGAAGGUUGUACACGCGACCGCUGCCACAGAUGACAAAAAGUUACAGAGUUGUCUAAAGAAGCUUUCUGUAAAUACAAUUCCUGGAAUAGAAGAGGUUAAUAUGAUCAAAGAUGAUGGCACAGUCAUCCAUUUUAACAAUCCAAAAGCCCAGGCUAGUCUGUCUGCUAAUACAUUCGCAAUCACCGGUCAUGGAGAAAAUAAACAGAUAACCGAGAUGUUACCAGGAAUAUUGAGCCAGCUUGGCCCCGAGGGUCUGACACAGUUGAAACGAUUAGCGAGUACAGUUGCUGGAAGUGGAGUCGGGAAAACCACUUUGGAAGAGGACGACGAGGUGCCUGACUUAGUGGAGAAUUUCGAUGAAGCUAGCAAAGAGGAGGUGGCUCCCAAAAAGGAACUGGAUGAAAAUGACAAACCUAAUGGCGAGAAGAAAGAUGCCAUUAUUAUCGAAGAGAAGAAAGAAGCCCCGUUAGCUACACCUGAAGCUUAAGAAUGAAUACUAAGAUAUUUCGUAUAACAAAGUUGUAACAAAUAAGUAAUUGAGUCAAGAAAAACUUGUGACACAGAAACAAUGAAGCAUAACUAUACAUACAUUACAAACACUUGACAUACAUCCCAUGAUACUUGCUAAUACAAGUAACAGUUGACAAGAAAUAAAAAAGCUGUUACAAAAAUCAAAAGGAUUUCUCAGAGGUUUUUUUAUCAUUUUGGUGCUCUACCAGUAAAAUAGUCUUUGCUUCGAAUUUUAGUGGAGAUGUUUUAUAGCCUUUAAUUAAUAUGUGACGCUUUAACUAUUCAAAAUGUCAAUGAAAACUCGAGUAUUUAACUCGAUUAUAAAGAAUUGUAACAAACUUAAUAUUAUGCUACAAAUUUUGUUAUUAUACAUAUUGAUGUGAGAGAUGCGUAGUAUUUUUUCUUUAAGAAAUCCAGUGACUUUUAAUUGUGUAUUAUGUUGAAUUUUUAUUUUAGUUUGGUCAAAUAAAAUGUCAAUAAUAAUAUA